AACAGCCUAAUCUUCGAAAUAAGAGAAAGACUAGAUGAACUAAAUGUCGGUAGGAAAUUGCACUUUAUGUGCAGAGGGAAGGUGGCUCCUAGAAGCGAAGAAAGUAUGCAAGCUGCUUCCUCGCUGAUUACAGAAUUGGAGGAAAAGGAAUUUCUAGGACCUGAUAACCUGGAUCUACUGAAAGACCUGUUAAAAGAUGUCAAGGACUGGGCUUUUUUGGAAGAAGUUGAAAAAUUUGAGAGCAAAAGAAAGGAAUACUUUGACUUACUUGAGCAGAUUAUUCGAGCACUCGACGAGCUUAAUGAUCUGGAACGGCUCGUCUCGAUUUGCAGAGGAAAGAUACCGCGAGAGAGGCAAGGCAACAUUUGUGAUGCACGAUCAUUGUUUGAGGAACUGGAGAUUAACAAUUGUCUGGGAAUUAACCGUCUUGGCAUUUUGAAAGAACUUUUGGCUCAAACGGGGACAGAUGAUCUCUUACUGGAAGUUAAGGAGUUCGACGAGCGAAGAACUUGGGAAGAUAAGUUUGAAAGGCGAAAA